AUGAGUGACAUCUACGAGUCGGCGGCGAACUCGCUGGGUUUGUUCAGCAGUCCUUGUCUGACCAAAGUGGAGCUGAGGGUCACCUGCAAAGGGAUCCCAGACCGGGACGCUCUGUCCAAACCUGACCCCUGCUUCGUCCUCAAGAUGCAGUCCCACGGACAGUGGAUGGAGGUUGUGGAGGAUCUCCAGCCUGAGCGCCAUCUGUCAGCCGACUCUGCUGGACGGCCGUGUGAGCGCACGCAGCUCGCUCGGCGCACGUUUCUGCCAGGACUCGGAGGAAUCUCGUGUCCUCAUCGUGUGCCAGACGCACGAACAAUAUGGCAUUCAUUGUUCGUGGACCGGACGGAGGUGAUUCGCAGCUGUGUGAACCCCACCUACUCCAAAGUCUUCACGCUGGACUUUUAUUUUGAAGAGGUGCAGCGUCUGCGCCUGGAACUCUACGACGUCAACAGCAGCCACAACGGCCUGAGGGAGGCCGACUUCCUGGGCUCGCUGGAGUGCACGCUGGGACAGAUCGUCUCUCAGAGGAAACUGUGCAAAGCAUUGCUCAGACCAGGAGGCAGCGUGGGGAAAUCCAUCAUCACGAUAACAGCAGAGGAGUUGACGGGGAACGACGACUACAUUGAGCUCUCAUUCAGCGCCAGGAAACUGGACGAUAAGGACUUCUUCAGUAAAUCCGACCCCUUCCUCGAGAUCUACAGGCUGAACGAUGACGCCACGAUGCAACUCGUCUACAGAACGGAGACGGUGAUGAAUAAUCUGAACCCGGUGUGGAAAACCUUCAAAGUUUCUCUCAACUCGCUCUGCAGCGGAGACCACGAACGCAAGCUGCAGUGCACCGUGUGGGACUGGGACUCAAACGGGAAACACGACUACAUUGGCGAGUUCGAGGCCACGUUCAAAGAGAUGAGAGGAGCCAUCGAUGGACGACAGGUGCAGUGGCCGUGCUUGAAUCCAAAAUACAGAGUCAAGAAGAAGAACUACAAGAACUCUGGGAUCGUCAUUCUGAACCAGUGCAAGAUCAUCAAGAUGCACUCGUUUCUGGAUUAUAUCAUGGGAGGCUGUCAGAUCCAGUUCACAGUAGCCAUCGACUUCACAGCCUCCAACGGAGAUCCUCGGAACAGCUGCUCGCUGCACUACAUCCACCCGUACCAGCCCAACGAGUACCUGAAGGCUCUGGUGGCCGUGGGCGAGAUCUGCCAGGACUACGACAGUGACAAAAUGUUCCCGGCGUUCGGCUUCGGGGCGCAGAUCCCUCCGGACUACAAGGUCUCCCACGACUUUGCAGUGAAUUUUAACGAGGACAACCCAGAGUGUGCAGGUAUCCAGGGCGUGGUGGAGGCCUACCAGGCCUGCCUCCCCAAACUACAGCUGUACGGUCCCACCAACAUCGCCCCCAUCAUCCAGAAGGUGGCCAACACCGCCUCACAGGAGGUCCACACCAAAGAGGCCAUGCAAUACUUCAUCCUGCUGAUCCUGACAGACGGAGUCAUCACCGACAUGGCUGACACAAGGGAGGCCAUCGUGCAGGCCUCCCACCUCCCCAUGUCGGUCAUCAUCGUCGGGGUCGGGAGCGCCGACUUCAGCGACAUGCAAAUGCUGGAUGGCGACGACGGGAUUCUGCGAUCGCUCAAAGGAGAGCCCGUCCUCCGGGACAUCGUCCAGUUCGUCCCCUUCCGCAACUUCAAACACGCGUCUCCAGCUGCUCUGGCUAAGAGCGUGUUAGCAGAGGUGCCCAACCAGGUGGUGGACUACUACAACAGCAAGGGCAUCAAGCCCAAAGUGCCCAGGCAGUUCGGACCCUGAGCACCGCAGACGUUGUUGUUGUCCCCGCCACAGCUGCCCCCAGACUGCACGAGCUCUCCUGGACUGAGAAAAAUGUUUACUGUAUUUGUUGUUGUUGUUGUUGUUGUUGAUGCGAAUGUUAAAAGGUGCAACAUGCAGCAUUUUUCCACGAAGAAGUGGCUCAUUUUUAUCCACACAAGAAGCCUGUCAGCCUCGGUACUGCAUUUUACAUUGGGAUGGGUUUUUACAGGACGUUCUGGAUUGCUUUACGGCACAGGUAGAAGGUUUUUCAUUGCAUGUCAUCAUCACGUGUAGAUGCAGACCCUACGCCUUAGCCUGACGUGCACCAUCCUAGAAACAUAACAUCACAUUGCGAUGCAAACUGCAACUGAGAUUGGUCCGCUUGUUUGUGGCUUGCUAGCGUUGCUUUUUCCAACUCAUUACCGGCUGCUCCUUCUUCGUGGAGUCGUGGAGAUGGCUAACUUUUCCAGCUACAGACAAACUUUG